AUGCCUGCACUUUCCCAGCUGCCGUUAGACACGACAGAAACAGAAGCCGUCAUUCCCAUACCUGUCACGAUACCCUCGUCCAUUUUGAUAGCAUCAACGGGCAUCUCCCACAACAGUGCUUUAUCAAACCCUGCCACUUCAGCCAGCACUCCAUCUGCCACUAUUAUUAGUAGUAUCAAUCUGCGCGACCAGCAGCACACGGAGGAUGAAGUGAGCACUGCUCAACCACCUUCAAUGGCACGACAGACAUGGUGUCAUCAAGAAGCACAAGCCAGACCAAAUCCACAUCAAGCCAACAAUGAUACUGAUGGGCCUGUUGUAUCUUGUAGUAAUAGUGGUGGCCAUGAUAAUAAUAUCGCAUUGUGUGAUCCAAAUUGUUCUCCUGUCGGCUCACGCAGCACAGAUCAGCCAUUCUAUUACUCUGCACAAUCCAUGAAGCCAUCUUGCUCCACAGACGAAGCACGUCCAGGCUUUCCACACCCUUUGCAGCACAUUGAGAGCAAAAGACAGCCACUAACAGAGCAAAUUCACACACCACAUAGUCAUAAUAAUGCGUUGGGCAGAAACCGCUUAUGCUCAGACUCAAGCCAAGCCAGCUUAUUCUUCACACCUGUUGAGUCGGCUCAAACCAAAGUCGCCAAGUUGACUGAAGAAUCUCGUUGGUCACUUGGUCGCACAAUGGCAAGCACAGCCACUGACGCGCUUGUGGCGCCAAUCACUCAUGCGUCGCGAUCCCAAGCAUUUAUACGAGAUUCAUUAUUCACCUCCACACCAUCUGGCCAUUCAUGCCCAAUACCCUCAACCAAAGCACAAGGAAAGACAACAGAAGCAUCAAAGGAUGGCGAGGAGAAACUGUAUCAGGGUUAUGUGCAUGAAAUUCGAUUGGGGGCUGGAUCGCGGAUGGACCAAACUCCCACCAUUGACCAAGUGACACCGUUGAUUAUGAGCCAUGGCACAUUCGACUCUAAUUCUAAUCAGCAGUUAAAAGGUACCCAUAUGUGUCAGGGUAAAAAUACUCAAUUUCAAUACGGUUGCAAUUAUAACCUUGAUCCAAACCAUUCAAAGACUUGCAGCCCCUUGGAUAGCCACGCAUUUUCGCAACAUCCAUCCCAGUCACCAUCGCUGCAAUAUAGUGCUUAUAGUAGAUCUGAAUCUACUAUAAGCACUUCACUUCAAUCUUUAGAAAAACAUCGGGCUCCGACCAUGUCCUCCUUACCAACAACACAUUCAACUAUCUAUCCAUCAGACUUACAUCAAUACCACCAGAAAGGUCACGAAUCCGGACAUAUACCAGAGUCAGAAACAGAUCAAAAGUUAAAGCCAGAGUCGAUUCAAUAUAAUGAACAGAAGCAAUACCAGAAACCUCAACAGCCAAUUUCUCGCCCACUUUCAUUGGAAUCUCGGCACCAGCAGUCAUAUCCAAGUUCCACUUCGCCAUUCAAUAUACCAUUUCAGAGUAGUCCACUUUCCACUCGCCCAGCACGUAGAUUGUCAGCAUCACCACUAUUGUACCCAACCCAACCUACUUUACAUACAUCGGUAGCACCAUCAUUGCCUACUGCAGCACAUCUCAUGCAAGGACUUGGCUCUACGACAUCCUCCUCGCGUCGUGGUGGAAAGGGUAUUGUGCGGCCUUGGACUAUUGACGAGGAUCAGGCUCUUGUAGAUGCCAUCCGAAAACAUGGGACUCAAUGGACUAUGGUUGCAUCCAUCAUCCCAAAUAGAAAUCGUCGCCAAUGCAAGGAGCACUGGGCACGAGUAUUGUCCAAGCAAGUUCCACAAUCAAUGGUAGCAUGCUUACCCAAUACCACCUCAGCUAUUUCUCAAGCCGCUACAGAAUAUACGUCUUCUUCAGGAUCUACAUGUGUCUCAAUGUUACUGAAUGAUACCACUAGAACAGUACUUGGACAGAAUGCCAUCACAUCACGUAAACACAAUUUAGAUGACUUUUCAGGAUACCCAACUUCUCAUGGAUCUCAUGCUCGAACAGCAUCUAGCAUGGACUCAUCUGGUACGCCAUCGUCCCAUUAUACCUUUGCCCAUUCAAACCUACAUUUUUUAAAACAGGAUUCAGCGGCUACGCUUUCUAAUCUGACUGAGCAAGAUAUGCCUCAAUCGGGACAAAAUACCAAUCCUCCAAACUCAUGGAUUCAAUUACACAAGAAUUCAUUCUCUUCCAAUAGCUUACAGUCAAAAACUUUGAAGUCACCGGCCUUUUCUUCCACACAAAAGGAUGGAUAUGCUUUGAUGUCACCAAACCAAAAUAAUCGCAUGCUUCGCCAUAACUUAGUGGUGUCAGAUACAGGAGUAUCCACGGACGAUGGUAUGGAUAUUGACAUGGCAGGAGACGAUUAUUUUGGCACAUUGGAUCCAGGAAACGAAACCGAGGAGACUCUUGGCCAAACAGAUGCAUCAACACAUUUUUUAAAAUUAGGCGUAUCUCAGCUUACUUCAAGAGUAGGUCUAUGGUCUCACGAUGAGGAUUCCAAACUACUCAAGGCUUACGAGUUGUUUGGUCCCAGAUGGGUAGUGAUUUCAAAGCAUAUUGCUGGACGAAAUCAUCGACAGUGUGAGAAGCGGUUCCGUCGUAUACGGAAAGCUGCGGCGGAUGUUGCAGAUAUUCCGAAUGGCACGCAAACCAGCUCUGUCGAGAUAGAUCAUGCUUCGAUGUAUUCAACAAUCCCGAAAUACAAAUCUCCUCCAUUUGAUCAGAAUUCUGAUGUAAUACAACAGGAUAACCAUGUUGCUUUACAAUCACGGCGUAAUUCACAAGAAUCAGAGUCUUCGUGUCUUGUGUCGGCACGCACCGCUAAUUCAUCAAUACGUUUACCGUCACUUCGAACUAUCAUUCCGGCCAAUAUUCUUGACGCUUCUCCACAUUUAGAUACCUCUUCAUCAACUGGAGAACCACCUAGUCAAUAUAUCCGAUACAUCAGCUCAAAUAGCUACCAAUUGAAUCCCGAUCCAGUUGGACCAAGUGCGCCUCAAUUUGACAUUUCACAUACUCUUAUGCAUGAAAAACAAUAGAGUUUGAGUCGUAUUAUUUUUGGAUCAUUCUAAAUAUGGAUUUUUGUUUCCAAUUUUUAAACUUUCCAGGUUUGUUUUG